AUGCAAUUUUCUCUUUUAAAUCAUUUAAAUCACAUUAAGAGAAGAAGCCGUCGUCGAUAUGGCCCAUACUCAUUUUCCAAAUCCCAACGCGAUCAUUUGACUGCCAUUCUCGCCGGUGAUCAUAAACAACCUCCUCCCCGCCGGAAUCUGUUUGUUGUUAUCUUCACCAGUGAAAUCAAGGCGGUAGAUAUGGAGUCGUUAGUGGAGGCCACAUCUGGUGCGGUGGGUGCACUGGUCAGCACCACCGUUUUGUAUCCUCUCGACACUUGCAAAACCAAGUACCAAGCUGAAAAUCGAGCUCAUCAUCACCAAAAAUACAGGAAUAUUUCGGAUGUCCUUUGGGAAGCGAUUUCCAAAGGCCAAGUACUAUCACUGUACCAGGGGCUGGGAACGAAGAACUUGCAGUCUUUCAUUUCACAGUUUAUCUACUUCUAUGGAUACAGCUUUUUUAAGCGACUUUACUUGAGACAAAGCCGAACAAAGUCUAUAAGAACUGCAGCUAACCUAGUCAUUGCUGCUGCUGCUGGUGCCUGCACAGCCAUCGCUACCCAGCCUCUUGAUACAGCAUCUUCAAGGAUGCAAACAAGUGAAUUUGGGAAAUCCAAAGGGCUGUGGGAGUCUCUCUCUGAGGGCUCGUGGAGUGAUGCAUUCGAUGGUCUAGGAAUUUCCCUUCUUCUUACCGCAAACCCUUCCAUACAGUACACCGUAUUUGAUCAGUUGAAAAACAGAAUGCUCAAGAGGAAGAUUGGGAAACAAAGUGACGAUGUGACAUCUACCGAAGCUCUUUCUGCAUUUUCUGCUUUCGUUUUGGGUGCGGUCUCGAAAUGCAUCGCUACCUGUUUGACCUACCCAGCUAUAAGGUGUAAGGUGAUGAUUCAGUCAGCAAAGUCGGACGACGAAAAUGAAGAAGGCAAGACCCGACCAAAAUCCCGUAAAACAGUGACAGGAACAAUCUAUUCUAUCUGGGACAAAGAAGGUUUACUUGGUUUCUUCAAAGGGCUGCAGGCACAAAUGCUGAAGACCGUCCUCACAUCAGCACUACUUUUGAUGAUAAAGGAGAAAAUCACCAAGACCACUUGGGUCUUAAUGAUUGCACUAAGAAAAUUCAUGUUGGUAACAAGACCCAAAAUAAAGAGCACCUGA